GGCAGCUUUGCUCCGCCCCUCAUCCGGCCGGCUUCUCUGAUUCACAAAAAGAAGAGAAGAAAAGAAAAUGCCAUCGAGCCAAAUUUCUUGUGACUCACAAAAUGACCAACCAAACAAUGCAAAGGAGCCCUCUUUAGCUGACACCAGAUCAAUUUCUGCACCUGCCAACGAAAACAGGAAACUCUUACGGCAAGAUAUUGAGCUUGUUCAAAACUCGAUCGAGAGGUGUUUGCAGCUGUAUAUGAAUAGAGAUGAAGUCGCGAAAACACUUUUAAACCGCGCAAGGAUUGAUCCUGCAUUUACAGCUCUAGUGUGGCGGAAACUGGAAGAAGAAAAUGCAGAGUUUUUUCAAGCCUACUACAUAAGAUUGAAGCUGAAGAACCAAAUCAUAUUGUUCAAUCAGUUGCUCCAGCAACAAUAUCAUCUAAUGAAAUGCCCCCCAAUGGUUCCAUCAGUCAACAGUUUACCCACGGGAUAUCCUAUCAUACAGCAUCAUCCAAAUCCAGCACCACCACCACCAACGGCAGCAGCUCAUUUUUAUCAUCAUCCGAUGAUGAUAUCUGUGGUCAAUGGGGAGCCUGUACCAAACAACUACCAUUCAAUGCAAAUGAAUCCCGAAGAAAAUAUGGUGAUAGACCCAGAUGUGGCAGCAGCUGUUCCACACAGCGAUGCGUAUUCAUCAUCUAUGACAGAUACACCAAUAAGCUCAGCAUCAAUGGCUUCAAGUGGUCAUUUCCCCUUCACCUCCCUUGACACAACAUUAGUGUCUGAUUCUGCAAAUACAAAUGGGCUGCAACUGCCCUUGGAUUAUUGUGCUGGAAAUUACAGGGAUUCCCUACGAACUUUGGCACAGUUCCCUUGGAAUUUUAAUCUUUUAGACCUAACAGAAGAUUUACCUAACCUAGAAGAUACUGCAGUUCUCAGGAAUUACCAAAGCUCAUCACCCUUUUUGCAUUCUGAUUCGGAUAUUCUACUUGAUUCCCCUGCGCAUGAGGACUUAGUUGAAGAGUUCUUUGUUCAUUCCACCUCAGGGCCAACAGAUGACAAGGAGCCAAGUCCAUCCUAUUGACAAGAGAUGUUAUCACACUUCUUACUAAUGGGAAAGCUUUCUGAAGAAUUAGAUAAAAUAAUAUAAACAUGUUUACUUCAUCUGUAUUUCAAAUUCGAAUAGCAGAAAACUCUUCUCCAGAAUUUUCGUUUUCAUUCUCCAGUAUGCAAAAGUGACGCAAUACAUUUCAUCCCAUUGU